UUAUACAUAUUUUACCUUGCAAGUGGACAAAACUGUUCAACAAAAUUUCUCUCUCUCUCUCUCUCUCUCUCUCUCUCUCUACAUAUACAUACACCUCUUCAUAUUAUAUAUAACACCUCACAAACAGCUUAUUUCCAACCUUUUUUUUUUUAAUUUUUAGAGAGAGAAAAGAGAUAGGAAGAAGAAAUGCCUACGUCUCUGCAGCUUCACAGAAUCAACACCACCUACCCCACCACCACCUCCGCCGCCGCCUCUGCUACCACCGGCAGCGACAUCAAUUGCAACAAAAACUCCCAAACCAGUAUAUGGCGAGUUCACCCUUCGAUCUCCGUCCCUGACGACGCCAACCACUACCACACCCACGCCGUGGGCCCCAACCAGUGCUGCUCCACCGUCGUCCAAACCAUCGCCGCCCCCGUCGCGGCCGUCUGGUCCGUCGUCCGCCGCUUCGAUAACCCCCAAGCCUACAAACACUUCCUCAAGAGCUGCCAUGUCAUCGUCGGCGACGGCAACGUCGGCACUCUCCGGGAAGUCCACGUGAUUUCGGGCCUCCCGGCGGAGUCCAGCACCGAACGCCUCGAAAUCCUCGACGACGAGAGACAUGUCAUCAGCUUCAGCGUCGUCGGCGGUGAUCACCGACUCAAUAAUUACCGCUCCGUCACCACUCUCCACCAAUCGCCGACCGGUUCCGAGACAGUUGUUGUCGAAUCAUACGUCGUUGAUGUACCGCCCGGUAACACGAAGGACGAGACCUGCGUGUUCGUUGACACUAUCGUUCGGUGUAACUUGCAGUCACUGGCUCAGAUCGCCCAGAAUUUAGCGAAAAGUAACUGUAAAUCGUCAUGAGAUUUUCGUGAUUUUUGGAAACCAGAAAUGGAAAUUCGUGAUUAGCUUUGCUUCUGAGAUUCAAAUUUGUUAAAGGUGACACAGUAUAUGAUAUUAUGGUUGGUUGUAUUUUUCUGUGCAAUCUGUUUUUUUAAAAAUGUGCCUGCGUUAUUGUCACUGUCACAGACUCACAGUGAUGUCUAAUGUUUUUCAUUUUAUUUUUCUUGGGAAUUUUUUUUUAUAUAAUAUAUAUACAUUGUGAACUCUGUCCCAAGUUUA